CGAGUGUUGAGGCAGGUGCACUGUGAUACAGGGAUCUCCAACAAGGCCAUGGUCAUCCCGAACUCGUUUGUCAACAAUAUCUUUGAGCGCAUUGGUACGCCCUCCCUCUACUUCUUCAUUGCAGGUCUAACUUUAGUUACAGUAUUGAGGCAGGUGCACCCUGAUGAGGGCAUCUCCAAUGGAGGCCACGGCCAUCCUGAACUCGUUUGUCAACGAUAUCUUCAAGCGCACCGGUGUACCCUGGUACGGGCGCGUUUUUGA